AUGGCAUCUCUGCUAACUGGGACUUUGAACAUGGGGACCUUCUUCAGCAUUGUGAGGCGUCGCUAUAAAAGGAGGCGUAAGAAACGUUCUGAGAGGAAAGAUAGAAGCCGUCUACGCCAGUCAAGAAACCAGCAAAAGUAUUUCACAAUGGAUAUAGAUGAUGAAGAAAAUAUGAGUUCAAGCAGCACUGAUGUUAAAGAAAACCGCAACAUGGACAACGUUCCACCUAAGGAUGGCAGUGUGCAAAAUACCGGGGAGGGGUCUCAACUCUCCAAUGGUGGUGGUAGCAGCAGCAGAAAACGCCCAUUGGAGGAGGGCAGCAAUGGACACUCCAAGUUCCGCCCUAAGAAGAGGAAGAAAACACCAGGGCCUGUUUUGCCGAAGAAUGCUCUGAUGCAACUGAAUGAAAUUAAGCCUGGUUUACAGUACAAGCUUCUAUCCCAAACAGGACCAGUUCAUGCCCCUAUUUUUGUGAUGGCAGUUGAAGUUAAUGGACAGGUGUUUGAGGGAUCUGGCCCUACAAAAAAGAAGGCAAAGCUUCAUGCUGCUGAAAAGGCUUUGAGAUCUUUUGUUCAGUUUCCAAAUGCAUCUGAAGCACAUCUAGCAAUGGGGAGAACACUCUCUGUAAACACAGACUUUACAUCUGACCAAGCAGACUUCCCAGACACACUUUUCAAUGGAUUUGAAACACCAGUUCAGACUGACAAUUCCUUUUAUUUGGGGUCCAAUGGAGAUGGAUCCUAUAGCUCCAGUAUAGACUACAGUCUGUCCUCAUCCACUGUGGCUGGUAGUCUUAUCCAGUCCCCUCUUCCCACACCAUCACCAUAUCCAUCCACCAGUGGAAAGAACCCUGUGAUGAUUCUGAAUGAGCUGCGGCCAGGGUUGAAGUAUGAGUUUCUCUCAGAAAGUGGAGAAAGCCAUGCUAAGAACUUUGUGAUGUCAGUGGCAGUGGAUGGUCAAACUUUUGAAGGAUCAGGAAGGAACAAAAAGCUUGCAAAGGCUCGGGCUGCUCAGUCAGCUCUUGCAUCCUUAUUUAACAUGCAGCUGGAUCAGACACCAUCUCGCCAGCCCAUUCCCAGUGAGGGUCUGCAAUUACAUUUACCACAGGUUUUAGCUGAUGCUGUUGCACGCUUGGUUGUGGAUAAAUUCAGUGAUCUGACUGAUAAUUUCACAUCUCCCCAUGCACGUAGAAAAGUUCUUGCUGGAAUUGUCAUGACAACAGGUACAGAUGUGAAGGAUGCCCAGGUUAUAAGUGUUUCCACAGGGACAAAAUGCAUAAAUGGAGAAUACAUGAGUGACCGUGGUCUUGCAUUAAACGAUUGCCAUGCAGAAAUUAUAUCUCGCAGGUGCCUGCUUAAAUUUCUUUACACACAACUUGAGCUGUUUGUAAGUAAUAAAGAAGAUCAACAAAAAUCCAUCUUUAUCAAGUCUGAACGAGGCGGAUUUAAACUGAAAGAAAAUGUGCAAUUUCAUCUCUAUAUCAGCACCUCUCCAUGUGGAGAUGCUAGGAUUUUCUCACCACAUGAAGCAGCACAAGAGGAUCAGGGAGACAGACAUCCAAACCGUAAAGCAAGAGGACAGCUACGGACAAAAAUAGAAUCUGGAGAAGGGACAAUUCCAGUCCGAUCUACUACUACCAUCCAGACGUGGGAUGGAGUAUUACAGGGAGAGAGACUGCUUACUAUGUCUUGCAGUGACAAGAUAGCUAGGUGGAACGUGUUGGGUAUUCAAGGAUCCUUACUUAGCCUCUUUGUGGAGCCAAUUUACUUCUCUAGCAUCAUCUUGGGGAGUUUAUAUCAUGGGGACCAUCUAUCCAGAGCAGUAUACCAGCGGAUAGCAGAGAUAGAAGAUCUACCACCUCUGUAUACGCUCAACAGACCUUUACUUAGUGGUAUUAGCAACGCAGAAGCCCGCCAACCAGGAAAAGCACCUAAUUUCAGUGUAAACUGGACAGUAGGAGACACUGGUCUUGAAGUUAUUAAUGCCACAACUGGCAAGGAUGAGAUGGGUCGUGCAUCUCGUCUUUGUAAGCACGCUUUGUACAGUCGCUGGAUGCGUAUUCAUGCAAAGCUUUCCUCUAGCCUGCGCUCAAAGAUCCUCAAACCGAACCUGUACCAUGACACUAAGCAGGUGGCCACUAAGUAUCAAACUGCCAAAGAGUGUUUGUUGAAAGCGUUCCUGAAGGCAGGGCUUGGAGCCUGGGUGGAGAAACCAAUCGAGCAGGAUCAGUUUUCUCUCACUGUCUAA